AUGAAAAGCAACUGGAAAAUUACAGCUUUCUUUUACGUGUGUAGUUGUCUGUGGUCUUUCAUCUCAGCCACCAUCCAACAACAAUCAAGACUACCAGUCAUCCUGGGUGCCAGCCACAGAAUUGAUCUCUGCCCAACAAUCAGGAUUGGCCAAGAUGACUUACCAGGCUUUGACCUGAUUUCUCAGUUCCAAAUAGAAAAAGCUGCUUCCCAAGGAAUUGUCCAGAGAGUAGUGGGCUCCACUUCUCUACAAGUGGCUUAUAAGUUGGGACCCAAUGUCGACUUCAGGAUCCCAACCAGUGCCAUAUAUUCCAACGGAUUGCCCGAUGAAUAUUCCUUUCUAACUACUUUUCGGAUGACUGGGGCCACACUUCAGAAAUACUGGACUAUUUGGCAGAUUCAAGAUUCUUCAGGAAAAGAACAAGUCGGAGUGAAUGUUAAUGGUCAAAUGAAAAGUGUUGAAUUUUCUUAUAAAGGAGCGGAUGGAAGUCUCCAUACGGCAUCAUUUUUGCAUUUGCCUUUCUUGUUUGACUCCCAGUGGCACAAGCUUAUGAUAAGUGUGGAAGCAAACAGUGUCACACUUUUUAUUGACUGUAUUAAAAUAGAAUCUUUGAACAUAAAACCAAAAGGGAAAAUCAGCAUUGAUGGCUAUGCUGUCCUUGGGAAACUUAAAAAUAACGCUGAAAUUUCAGUUCCGUUCGAAAUCCAGUGGAUGGUAAUUCACUGCGACCCGCUGAGACCCCAGCGCGAAGGCUGCGGCGAGCUGCCGGCCCGGGUAAGCCAGACGGUAAUCGAGAGAGGUCUCCCUGGUCCGCCAGGUCCCCCAGGUCCACCCGGGCCACCAGGAGUUCCCGGUAUUGAUGGCAUUGAUGGGGAGAGAGGUCCUAAUGGCCCCCCUGGUCCACCGGGUCCAGAUGGGGAGGCAGGCAAACCAGGAUCCCCUGGCCUGCCUGGAGAGCCGGGAGCUGAUGGAUUCACAGGACCUGAUGGCUCCCGUGGAGCCACAGGACCAAAAGGACAGAAGGGCGAGCCAGGGCUGCCAGGUGCUCGUGGACUUCCGGGCAAGGGGCUUCUUGGACCACCUGGUCCAGCUGGUGCAGCAGGACUUCCUGGGGAAGUAGGUCGUGCUGGUCCACCUGGAGAUCCAGGAAAAAGAGGACCACCAGGGCCACCAGGUCCACCAGGUCCUCGAGGAACAAUUGGCCUGCAAGAUGGUGACCCACUGUGUCCCAGUGCUUGUCCCCCUGGCCGCCCAGGACAUGCUGGCUUAAUGGGAAUGAAGGGACAUAAAGGUUCAAAAGGAGAGUCUGGUGAACCAGGAAAACAAGGUUAUAAGGGUGAGGAAGGGGACCAAGGACCCAGUGGUGAAGUGGGAGCUCAAGGCCCUCCAGGCAUCCAAGGUAUCAGAGGUAUAACUGGUAUAAUGGGACCUAAAGGUACAAAAGGAGCCCGUGGGCUUGAUGGUGAGCCUGGUCCUCAAGGUCUUCCUGGUGCACCUGGGGAUCAAGGACAGAGAGGUCCACUGGGAGAGACAGGUCCGAAGGGAGAGAGGGGCCCUCAAGGUACAAGAGGAAUAAAUGGUCUCCCUGGGCCUAAAGGAGAGUCUGGCUUACCAGGAGUUGAUGGCCGGGAAGGGAUCCCUGGAAUGCCUGGAGCAAAAGGUGAACCAGGAAAACCUGGAGCUCCAGGUGAUGCAGGGCUUCAAGGACUGCCUGGUUUACCAGGCUCUCCAGGUGUGAAAGGCAUUCCUGGCCCAAAGGGUAAUAGGGGUCCACCUGGGCUGCCAGGUUUGAUGGGAAAUUCUGGUAAACAGGGUGAACGGGGGCCAGAGGGAGAAGCAGGUCCAACAGGACCCCGGGGGCCACCAGGUGGCAGAGGGGAGCCAGGUCCUGCGGGUCCUCCAGGUUUACCAGGGAAAUGGGGUCCCCAGGGUGAUAUUGGCCUUCCUGGACUGCCGGGUCCCCCAGGCCUACCUGGUGGUAAGGGUGACCGGGGUUCAGUGGGUGAACCAGGACCUAAGGGUGAACAAGGUGUGCCCGGAGCAGAAGGAGAUGGAGGAGAAAAGGGUGACUUAGGUGAUAUGGGAUUACCAGGAGCAAAGGGAGCUGUUGGUAAUCCUGGAGAUCCUGGUUCCCGUGGGCCCGAGGGAAGUCGGGGGCAGCCUGGCAUGGAAGGGCCACGAGGCUCACCUGGACCACGAGGCUUGCAGGGUGAACAGGGUGCCCCAGGCCUGCCUGGCAGCCAAGGUCCAGCUGGAAAAGAACCAACAGAUCAGCACAUUAAGCAAGUUUGCAUGAGAGUCAUGCAAGAACAACUGGGUCAGCUGGCAGCCAGUCUUAGGAGGCCAGAAUUUGGUGCUCCAGGCCUUCCUGGCCGACCAGGGCCACCAGGUGCUCCAGGGCCUGCUGGUGAAAACGGCUUCCCAGGACAGCUGGGCCCCCGGGGCUUGCCUGGCCUCAAAGGGCCCCCCGGUGAGAUCGGUCGCAAAGGUCCUAAAGGUGAACCAGGAGAAAGAGGAGAAAGAGGAUUUCCAGGCAGAGGACUGAAAGGUCAUCCUGGACCAAGAGGUCUUCCAGGUGAACCAGGCAAAGCCAGCUACGGCAGCGAAGGCCGGGACGGUGACCGCGGUCUCCCUGGGGUGGCGGGUCAGCCUGGAGUUCCUGGUCCUCCCGGCCCCCCCGGCCCUCCUGGCUACUGCGAGCCAUCGUCCUGCAGAAUGGAGGCUGGACAGAGAGCUGGCAAGAACAUGAAAGGGCCAUGA